UCCAAGUCCAGUUAUGUUAAUGUGCCUUAACAGCAGCCUCAGGUUUAGGGUUUUCCUUGGUCGCCAUUGAGACACCUCCCUCUCUUCAGGUCUGUUGUGCUUCACCUGCGGAGUAUCUUCUUUCGGUGCCGAUCCUAGUAGCUUCUAGACUGUAAUGGAGGUUGAGUAUUUGGGGGAUUCUUUUGGUGAGUUAUCUCGGGGAUAUCCUAGUCCGGAAACUCCCAAGUCAGCUCCUGUGAGCAAUGCAGCUGCUUCUAAGAGUGUCCGGAUCUCAGACAGUAUGAAUUUCCAAUAUGACAACAUAAGUACGCCAGAUGUUGAAAAAAAUGCAGGAAAGAAGAAAAAGGGUUCAAAAUAUACAUCUAGAGGUUUACGUCAGUUCAGUUUCAUGGUUUAUAGCAAGUUGAAGACCAAGGGAAGAGCAACAUAUGAUGAGAUUGCAGAUGAGAUCAUUUCAGAGUUACCUAGAAUUUAUGGUGAAACAGAAGCUUUGAGUGAGGAAGAUGAGAAAAACAUAAGACGUCGAGUAUAUGAUGCACUAAAUGUUCUUACGGCAAUGGAUAUCAUCACCAAAGAGAAAAAACAAAUCUGGUGGAAGGGACUUCGAGAUUCAAAUAUUGAUCUGGAUGAAAUUGAGGCUCAGCGGUUUAAAUUGGUGGGUAGGAUUCGUGAAAAGGAAGCUUACUUGAAUGACCUGGAAGAACAAAUGGCAGAUCUCCAGAAUUUGAUGUUGCGAAAUAAGCAGUUGCUCAAGAGUGGAAAUAGUCGCCACAAAGGAUUUUCAUUUCCAUUUAUACUAGCUCAGACAAGCAAUAAUGCUACGGUUGAGAUUGAGAUUUCUGAAGACAUGCAGCUGGUGCACUGCGACUUCAAUAGCACUCCUUUCUCCUUGCACGAUGAUACUGCCAUUUUAAAGUUCAUGCGGUGCCAACAAUUGCCAGAAAGUAGAAAUGUGUCUCAAAGUUCUUCAGUUUACUCAUCUUCAAGCUCUGGCACCACCAGACCCUUUCGUUGGAACUCAGAAACUACUCCAAAAUGAUAAAACAGAUACUGAGAUGUACAAGAAGGCCACUCAUGGUACGCAAACUACAAAAGAAAAGAAAAUUAUGAUAUAUUUGUACAAAGUAUUGUGAGUAGAUUUAAUUUUCCAGCAAAAGGUUGUGGAAUUUACGAAUUUACAUGACCAACGAUUUGGAAUUUGUCUUGUCUGAGACCUCAGUAGCUUUAUGAAUCCUUAAAGCUGGUUAGCAACUUAGCUUGUACUGAAUAUUUCAGUUUUGCGUAUGAGUUCUCUUGCUU